UGAUUGUUUUCUGAGAUAUUCGAAAUUUGUAAUGUUCCCCAGCCCGGCCACCAAAUCCUUCACGCAAAAAUUAGGCGCGCUGUGGCGGGAAAGAAUCGCCCCCAAAUUGCAUCCCCUAUAAAUACCUCACACUCCUCUUUUCAAAAAUUUCCCUCAUUUCAUUUCUGCACGCAGCGACACGAAAUACCUACAUUUCAGAAUUUAGGUUACUCGAAAUGGGCAAGAGGAGAAACGCUAGGGUUUCUGAGGAGCAUAUAGAGGAAGAAGACGAAGAGAUGAGCGAAGAACAGGAAUUCCACAGUGCAUCGUCUUCGUCCAACGAGAAGAGCUUGUAUGAGAUUCUUGGUGUGGACAAAGCUGCAUCACAGCAAGAGAUAAAGAAAGCUUAUUACAAGUUGGCUCUGCGGCUUCAUCCUGAUAAGAACCCUGGUGAUGAGGAGGCCAAGGAAAAAUUUCAGCAGCUGCAAAAGGUCAUAUCUAUUCUUGGUGAUGAGGAGAAACGAGCAGUGUAUGACCAGACUGGUUGUGUUGAUGAUGCUGAUCUAGCAGGUGAUGUCAUUCAGAACUUGCAGACAUUUUUCCGAGCCAUGUACAAAAAGGUCACAGAGUCUGAUAUUGAAGAGUUUGAAGCAAACUACAGGGGUUCUGACACGGAGAAAAAGGAUUUGCUCGAUCUUUACAAAAAAGUGAAAGGCAACAUGGACAAGCUUUUCUGCUGCAUGAUUUGCUCAGAUACAAUGCUUGAUUCCCAUCGCUUCAAGGACAUCAUUGAUGAGGCUAUCUCUGCAGGAGACUUGAAGUCAACCAAAGCGUAUGAGAAAUGGGCCAAGAAAGUAUCUAAAACAAAACCUCCUACAAGUCCAUUAAGACAGAGAAAGAAAUCAAAGAAAGGCUCAGAAGAUCUGUAUGCAAUAAUAGCUCAACGACAAAAUGAGAGGCGCGGCAAGGUUGAUUCAAUGUUCUCAUCCCUUGUUCAAAGAUACGGUGGAGGCGCACCAGUUCCGGAGCCAAGUGAAGAAGAAUUUGAAGCUGCUCGGAAAAAACUCGAAAGCCGCAGAAAUUCCAAAAGAAAAUAACUAUAAACCAGGUUUUCCUGUUGCUUCCCAUCUUUUAUGGUGCACUCGAAGUUCUAGUUUCUCUUUUUGAAGCACUUGUAUUUAUGAAUAUGACUGCAUAAGGCAACUAUUUUAUAUAUGAAUUACUUAUAUUAGCUAUA